AUGGCGCCUAGAAAAUCAAAGAAAGUGGUUUCUGUGACUAAGAAGAAGAAAGUAGUAGAGGAAACAAUCAAAGUAACCGUCACGGACGGAGUUCCAAAUGUCACCACCGAGACCGACACACAAGAGACGCAAGAACUAGAGACACAGGAUCUAGAAACACAAGAUCUAGAGACACAGGAUCUAGAAACACAAGAUCUAGAGACACAGGAUUUGACGUUUUCGAUUCCCAUAGAAGGAGAAAACGUUACUAGAGUUGAGAUUCCGGUGGAUGUUGAAGAUGAUGGGUCCCCUAAGCCGCCUGAAACCCCUGCUCCAGCAAGUGAAGUCCCCGUGAAGGAAGAGACCAACAAGGUUGAGAAGAAGCAGGGGAAGACGAAGAAGAAGAUGUUAAAGACGAGGAGGAAGAAGAACAGGUCUGAUGUAACGGGAGAUGAAUACAAGAGAUAUGUGUACAAGGUGAUGAAACAGGUGCAUCCGGAUUUAGGAAUAUCGUCCAAGGCUAUGACGGUGAUUAACAUGUUCAUGGGAGAUAUGUUCGAGAGAAUAGCGGUGGAAGCGGCCAAGUUGAACGAUUAUUCAAAGCGGAGGACGUUGUCUUCGAGGGAGAUCGAAGCAGCGGUGAGGCUAGUUUUGCCUGGUGAACUUAGCCGACAUGCCGUCGCUGAAGGCUCCAAAGCCAUUAGUAGCUUUGUUGCGUAUGAUGCUAAGAAGCGUUAG